AUGAACACAAACUAGACGAAUAUGGAGGAAGUAAAGGUACUAGGGUUCUGGACAAGUCCAUAUCCUCACAGGGUUAUAUGGGCUCUGAAACUCAAGGGUGUCAAAUAUGAAUAUAUAGAAGAAGACAUAUACAAUAAAAGUGAUUUGCUUCUUCAGAGUAAUCCAGUGCAUAAGAAGGUUCCAGUGUUUUUUCAUGGUGGAAAAAUAAUUGCAGAGUCCACUGUUAUUCUUGAGUACAUUGAAGAGACGUGGCCUCAGAACCCUCUGCUACCAAACGACCCUUAUGCAAGGGCUGUGGCUCGGUUUUGGAUGAAGUUCUUAGAUGACAAGAAGCCAAACCUUCUUGCGUUCUUUAGGAAAAUUGGAGAUGAGCAAGCAAAAGCAGUAAAAGACGCCCAAGAAAUUAUGACAAUCUUGGAACAGCAUAGCCUUGGGGAAAACAAGUUUUUCAACGGUGACGAGAUUGGAAUGACAGACUUAGUCUUCGGAUUGAUAACAUUCUGGCUUGAGGUCAUGGAAGAAGCAGCUGGUGUACAAGUGCUGGAAGUCAAUCGCUUCCCUCGCUUGCAGGCAUGGAUUAAAAAUUUCAAAGAAGUUCCUGUGAUUAAAGAAAAUCAUCCUGAUAAGAGCCGCCUGUUAGCCUAUAUGAAAGAACGAAGGGAGGUGCAUGUCAAGACAGCAACUUCUUGACAUCCACAUGAACCCAAUAAGAAAAAAAGUUCAAAGAUAAAUAAAUGUAAUAAGCUUCUACAUUAUGCUGCACAGUGUUUUGCUCCUCACUCAUCUUCUUUGUCUGGGGUUCUGCUGUCAUCUCUGCUGGACAACCGUCCUAUUGAAGAUCUUGUGAUUUGUUUUCUUUAAGUUGUGUUUUAUUACCUUGUGCUGUAGAAUGGAGCGUCCUUUCUUUCAAAUCAUGGACUGGAAGGAGAUCAGGUUCUGUAAGUGAAUACAUGAUGGGUUGUGCGGCUAGCUUUGUUUGUUGUCAAAUUGUGAAUUUGUAUUGUAAAACCAAUUCACUCUUGUUAGCCAAGUCCUCUUUUAUGUAUUCAUAUUUCACACCCUUGAGCUGAGCCCAUAUCACUCCGUAACCAUAUGGACUAGGCCAAGUUCCAAACAGCUUCACUUCUUCCAUUUCUUGAAAUUUCCUUUUGGAAUAUUAAACGGGAUGUCACAUUUUUCUUC